GAGAGAAAGGUUCAUCAGACUCGGAUUGUAUAAAUAACAAUAACAACAACGAUGGUAAUAAGAGGUUUUACACUGGAUACAACAACUAUAAGUUCGAAUUUGAUCCAUCCUUGCCAUCAGACUCAGAUGUUCCUUUUUCUAACAAUCCUAUUACAUGA